AUGCAAGUUUUCACAGAAGAUCACACAUUAGAGCGGAGACACACAGUCAGCCCAUCACUUGCUCAACCGCUCCCUCGACUGACUCCUUUGCCCUCUCCGACAAAGGAUAAUGCUGAGGUAUAUGAAGUGGUAAUUGUUGGUGCUGGGCCUGCGGGUCUGAUGUUAAACCUUCUGCUUGCUCGCUAUGGAUUGCCUGAUUCCUCUCGCCUCUGUAUUGACUCGAGCCCGUCGGCAUUCAAAAUUGGCCACGCUGAUGCAGUUGUGCAACGUACAAUGGAGGUUCUGAAAAGCCUAGAUUUGGCCGACGAGAUCUGGAAUCACGGCCUACGCGGCUAUGAGUUCACCAGAUGGAUCAAGGAUCCUAAUUCUCCGACAGGCUUUAUUCGACAGUUUUCGCAGUACACAACUAGGAUUAAGGCGCGAUACAAACCCGCCAUAGUUAUGAUGGCACAGGGGAGGAUUGAACGAAUACUGCGUGAUGACCUCAAGAAGUAUUCCGCAACUGGUAUUACCUGGAACAGUAGAGUUCUGGACGCCAAGAUCGAAAAUGACGAACUGCAUGACUUUCCUGUGAGAGUAACGCUUGAACAGAAUGGAGAAAAGCGGACUAUCAGGACACGGUACCUGAUUGGAGCAGACGGCGCGCAUUCAAUUGUGAGAACGUCGAUUGGCAUAAAUCAGAUUGGUAGUAUGGCUGACGAUAUUUGGGGCGUUGCUGAUAUCGUGGUUGACACUGACUUUCCCGACAUUCGAAGGCCUGUGCACUUUGCUUCUUCGAAGAACAUUGUCUCCAUCAUACCCCGCGAAAGGAAAAACGACGGAGAGUAUCUCACACGGAUAUAUGUGCCAUUUGAUGAGGAUGAUCUCAUUGAAACUGUCACCUCCGGCGCUGCGCCCCAUACUGAGGAAUACCAGCGUGCACGCAGGGCCAAGAUUACGCCAGAGCUCAUCUUAGAUCGCACAAAGGAGUUGUUUCACCCCUAUUAUAUCCGACCAAAACAAGAAAUCGAGUGGUGGGCAGCAUACCAAGUAGGGAGAAGGUACGCAGAACAGCUUGUUAAGAAAGAUGAUUCUGGGAAUUCCUGCGUUUUUCUUGUUGGAGACGCGUGCCAUACCCACUCUCCAGCCCUAGGCCAAGGGAUGAAUGUUGCCCUGAUGGAUAGCUACGAUCUGGCUUGGAAGCUAAUGUACUCAAUCAACGGUUUGACUCCGAAUCCAGAGAAAGUUCUAGACACAUUUGCCCGCGAUCGCCUCAAGAAUGCGGAGGAUCUUAUUGACAACGACCGGCUUUGGUAUGAAACCCGGUAUCAGACAGAGGCUGAGGACCGUGUCCAAUCGGAAAAUUUUAUAGAGGAUAAACUGCUGGCGUUCAUGGUGGGUACCAUUGAGUAUGACGAAGGAUUUCUGGUCGAUAAGAAACUUGGAAGCUUGGACGGAACGAUCAACAGCAGCGACUACUCAGCUGGGGUCCUGAGAGAAGGUCGCCGCCUUUCAGAUGUAACCAUUACGAGGUUUGCAGAUGGGGAUAUCAGACAUUCACAAGACGAGUUUCCCUCUGACGGGCGCUUUCGUGUGCUUGUCCUUUGUUCCGAUGAUCUUCCCGGAAACCCAGAGGGGGUCUCCGCGUCUGCCCUCCAACGCAUCUGCCAGAAUAUACUGCCCUCGUUCACCCCAAAGACAGUAGAGCUGGUGGUUUUUACCCCAUUUGGUUCUCUUUCGGUCGAGUGGACGAAUAUCCCGCCGUUUGUCAAGCAGGAAGCUGAAAUGCGGCUUCAUUAUCUCGAUCCAGAGGGAUAUGCCGUGUAUGGCGUGGACAUCAAAUCAGGUGCCAUUGCUGUGGUCCGACCCGACGGAUACGUCGGAACGAUCGCAACGUUGGACAACACCGAAAGGAUCAAUAAUUACUUGAAAAGAUGUUUGACAAAGGUUGCGUAA